GGCUAGGGAGAAGCUGGAGGCCCCAGCCACCCCUCCGGAUGCUGCUGCUGCCGUCCCCCUGCCCCCGGCCCCUGGCGCUUCCCUCUGUUGUGGCCAUGGAGGCCCCUCCCUCUCGGACAGGCCUGUCCCAGCAGCCUGGACCUUCCUCCUCUGUGGGGUCUCUGGUCCCCCAGACUUCGUCCCCUCCGAGGCCCACCCACUACCUGCUCAUUGACACCCAAGGUGUCCCCUACACAGUGCUGGUGGACGAGGAGGCACAGAGGGAGCCCGGGGCUGAUGGGGCUUCAACCCAGAAGAAGUGCUACAGCUGCCCGGAGUGCUCCCGCGUGUUCGAGUACAUGUCGUACCUCCAGCGCCACAGCAUCACCCACUCCGAGGUGAAGCCCUUCCGGUGUGACACGUGCGGGAAGGCAUUCAAGCGGGCCAGCCACCUGGCGCGGCACCACUCCAUCCACCGCGUGGGCGGGGGGCGGCCCCACGGCUGCCCGCUCUGCCCGCGCCGCUUCCGGGAUGUCGGAGAGCUGGCUCAGCACAGCCGCGUUCACUCUGGGGAACGCCCGUUCCAGUGCCCACGCUGUCCCCGCCGCUUCAUGGAGCAGGACACGCUGCAGAAGCAUGCUCGGUGGAAGCACUCGUGAGCUGAGGGCGGCCCGCCAUGUGCUGUGGGUUUUGGGCCCUGGACACACACAAGCCAUUCUCUAAUGGGAGCCAAGUGUUGUCUGAAGGAGGGACCCACUGGUCCCUGUGGACGCGGGGACAAGCUGGGAUGGGGGAGCCCUCACACCCAUCAGGCCUGUAGCCUGUGCGCUCCAUGCCCACUGUAGCCCCUGGAACCCAACCUAGGGGUGUGUGUCUAGACGUCCUCUGGCUAAAAACGUCAGGGCAUCAGUAAUCUGCACGUUUUCCUGAGGCCUGCAGGCUGAUUGGGGGAGGCCUCAGACCUGCCUCCCAGCCCCAGGGCCUGAGGGUAGGCAACACAAUGCCCACUUUGAGCACCUUGGCCAGCUCCAGAGCAGGCCCACUCCCCCCCCCCCCCCCAAGGUCAGACUGCACCAGGGUCUGGCCUCCCUCUGCUCCUGUAAACCUGUCAUCUGGGAAGUGCUUUCAACUUCAACAUUUGAGAAACCACAUCCUACUGUAAGGAGGACGUUUUAAUGGCCACCUAGUAGACACCUGAAUUACAUGAGAAACAGAAGCUGUU